AUGGGAUUAACAAAAUCUGGUCAAAAUCGUAAACAUUUAGAAAUUAAUGCUCGUUCUUCAUCAGCAAAUAAUAAUGAUCAUCAUUUAUGUUUUUUUGUUGUACGAGGUGGUCUUGAAAAAUGUCCAUAUCAAUCAAAUUGUAAACAUUCUCAUGAUUUAACUUCAUAUCUAUCUCAACGACCUGUUGAUCUUGAUUCACAUUGUUAUAUGUUUGAUGUUUAUGGUCAAUGUUUCUAUGGUAUAUUAUGUCGUUUUGGUCAAUCUCAUAUUGAUCCAAUAACUGGUCAUAAUAAAAUUAUUUUACCUCCACAUAAAAAUUAUAUUGAAUCAUUAAAUAAAUAUCCACCUUUACUUAAACAUUUAUUACGAAGAAAAAAAUAUGAUUAUAAAUUAUCUGAUCAUUUAAUUAAACUAGCAAAUAAACAAAUAACAAAAGCUAAUAUUGCAAAACGAAAUAAUCCAAUAAAUAUCGAUGAAGAUAAAAUCAAUGAAAAACAUCAUGAUAAUAAUGAUGUUGGUGAAAAAGAUGAUCGAUCACUUGUAGAUAUUUAUUAUUCAGCUCUUCAAACAAAUAAUAAUCAUAAUCAAAAUCAGCCAAGUGAAAAUGAACGUGUUCAAGCUGAAGUUGAUGCAACUGAUGUUGAUCAACAACAACAACAAUCAUCUCGUUCAGUACCAUUUCGAACUCUUGGUGUAAUAACAGAUGCUGAUAUGAUUCGUUUAAAACCUCGUGAAAAAAUUCGAAUUGAUUUUAAUCGUCGUCUUUAUCUUGCACCAUUAACUACAGUCGGUAAUUUACCAUUUCGUCGUAUUUGUAAAGAAUAUGGUUGUGAAAUAACUUGUGGUGAAAUGGCAAUGACAACAUCAUUACUUCAAGGACAAAUGUCGGAAUUUGCAUUAUUACGUCGUCAUCCAAGUGAAAGUAUAUUUGGUAUACAACUUUGUGGUUCAUUUGUCGAUACAAUGACACGAACAGUUCAAAUGCUUGAAGAAAAUUUUGAUUUUGAUUUUAUUGAUUUAAAUUGUGCUUGUCCAAUUGAUCUUGUUUAUAAAAAAGGUGCUGGUUGUGCAUUAACACGACGAACAAUUGAUUUUGAACGUAUAUGUCGAUCAGUAUCAUGUCUUUCAACACAUCCAAUAACAAUUAAAUUACGUACAGGAAUAAUAACUGGGGAAAAUAAUGCUCAUGAUAUUAUUUCAUUAGCUAAAUCAUGGAAAACAGAACAGGAUGAAAAUCAUAUUGUUGAUUUAUUUAGUUUACAUGGUCGAUCAAAAGAAAUGCGUUAUUCAAAAAAUGCUGAUUGGAAUUAUAUUGAUGAAUGUGCAAAAUUAUCAAAUCCUAUUCCAUUAUAUGGUGUUGGGGAUAUUUAUUCAUUUGAAGAUUAUUAUCAACGAUUAAAUGAAACAAAUGUUAGUGGUUGUAUGAUAGCACGUGGUGCUUUAAUUAAACCAUGGUUAUUUACGGAAAUAAAAGAACAACGUACAUGGGAUAUAUCAGCUAAUGAACGUUUUGAUAUGUUAAAACGUUAUACAAAUUAUGGUUUAGAACAUUGGGGUUCUGAUCAAGCUGGUGUUGAAAAAACUCGACGAUUUUUACUUGAAUGGAUUUCAUUUCUUUAUCGUUAUAUACCUGUUGGUUUACUUGAACGUUUUCCAGAUAGAUUAAACGAACGACCACCAUAUUUUUUUGGACGAAAUGAUCUUGAAACAUUAAUGUCAUCGAAACUUUGUUCUGAUUGGGUCAAAUUAACUGAACUUCUCUUAGGAAAAGUUUCUCCUGAUUUUCAAUUUCUACCAAAACAUAAAGCAAAUGCAUAUGGAUAA